AUGACACGCCACGGAAAGAACAACACCGCUUCGUCAUUUUAUUCUGCUGCGGAACGCGCCAAGGAUGCGAAAGCCAGCGGGUUCGGCACCCUUCACGCUCGUCUGACUGCAGAUUCAAUCAAGGAUUUCGACUGCUGCUCAUUGACGCUUCAGCCUUGCAGGCACCCCGUCAUCUCGCCAGAGGGCCAUAUCUUUGAUCGAGAGGCCAUGAUCGAAUAUUUCCUGGCACAGAAAAAGAAGAUCAACAAGUUGACGAAAAGUUGGGAGCGUCAGAUCGAAUUGGAAGGUGAAGCGAUGAAAAAGCAAGAAGAAGAGAAGCAAGUGGAGCGAGUUAGGCGACUGGAAGCAGCGACUGGUCUACCCGCGCAGGAGAGUCUCAAAGUUGCAGAAACUUCGCGGAAACGCGCCAUCAAUGAUCGGUUCUCGAGCGAGGUGGCUGCAAAGAAUCGAUACAUGUGCCCCGUCACGCACGAUCUUUUGACAAAUACGACUAAAUGUGCUUAUUUGAAGACCAGCAAAACCGUUGUGACGUGGGACGUUGUCGAAAAGCUGAUCAAGUCAGAAGCUAACUGGGUUGAUCCUCUAAAUGGAAAACCUUUGAAAGAAUCCGAUAUCAUUGAACUGAAGCGCGGUGGUACCGGAUUGUGCGGAUCUCCAGCGCAAGUGCAACCUCCUGUUCACCAAACUGCAGCCCCGGAAGUGCCGCAGAAGAAUGACGCUCAGCUCCCACCUCAACAAGCCGGAGACUCGAUCGGGAUGAGCGAGAUCGAGAGGGCAAUGCUCGCAACGUUGAGCGAGCUCGACGGCUCGAAGCAGUCGGCUAAGAAAGAGAAGAAGGACAAGAAGAAAAAGGAGCAACGACCCUCGAUAGACCCUGAAAACGUUGACGAUGUGCCGAAAGAGAUGCGGAAACGUCAAGUGGAAGUGUUCCGCGAGAUGUUACGGCUGAGGUAUGAGGAAGGCAAAGUCACGCUGAACGAUUCGUGGGAGCAUGCCGUGAAAUUCUUGGGAUCGGACCCGCGAUUCCGCGUGAUCCAGAAGGCCGCCGAGAAGAAGCAGAUCUUCUACGCCUGGCGCGAGCAGCAAAUCGAGCAAGAAAGGGAGGAAUGUCGCGCCCAGAAGCUGAAAGCCAAGAGGGACCUCGAGCUGUGGUUGCGUGAGCAUCCGAGGUUGAAGAAGCCAUUGAGAUAUCAACGCGCUGCCCAGCUUUUCGCCGAUGAGCCGCUCUGGCUGGCCGUGCCGCUCGACGAUCGCCGCGACCUUUUCCUGGAUGUUUCGCACGACGUUCUGAAGGAGCUGGCCAAGACCGAGGCACAGUUGAAGAAGCGCAAUGUUGAGGCUCUAACGAACAUUUUCCAAAAUAUGUCCAAAAUCGGCCUCCGCACGACGUGGGCCGACGCGCAGAAACUGCUCGUCAAGCAGAAGGCUUUCAUCAACGAUACGGAACUGCUGAAUAUGGAAAAGAUGGACGCGUUCGACGUCUUCCAAGAUUUCAUCCAAGAGGCCGAGAUUCAGCACAACCUCGCCAAGGCCCAGGGGAAACGGGUGAUGUACCGACACGAUCGGCGUGUUCGCGACGAGUUCCGCGCAUUUCUGGUGGAGCUGCAGCAGCAAGGCAAAAUCCAAGCCUUCACCCGCUGGUCUUCAUUAGCGCCAACCAUCUGCUCGGACCCUCGUUUUGCCGCAAUGCUUCUACAACCCGGCAGCACCCCUCUCGACAUGUUCAAAAUUUUCGUGAAAGAACUCGAGGAUUUCUUUGUGGCCGAUGCGCGGAUUGUCCGGGAAAUUCUGAAGGAGGGAAACCAUGAAAUUAAGGUUGACACGACGUACGACGAGGUGUUAGAAUGGGUACAAGCCGAUGAACGCCAACGCCUCAUUCCCUCCAACCAUUUGCGCCUCUACUACACGAGGAAAGUCGAGGGCGCCGCCCAGCGGAUCAAGGAUCGAGAGCGCGAGCAGCAGCGUGUCGUCAAGCGGAAUCGCGACCAUUUCAGAGAUCUCCUCGGCUCUCUCGACCCUCCACUGACCGUCGAAUCACAAUGGGCCGAUGUUUUACCCAGAAUUGAGGCGUCUGAAGACUAUCAAGCUGUAGAAUCCGACGAGCUGCGCGAGCAGUACUUUGCCGAAUUCCUGCGCCAGAUUGCUGAUGGAUGUCUGCACAGUCACGAGGGUCGAAAGAAGAAGAAGGAGAAGAAACGAAGGAGUGAUCGGCACUCUUCGGAUUCAGAAGAUGACGACGAGAAGGGCAAGAAGCACAAGAAACGCCGUGAUGAUGACGAUGAGCGAGAUGAGAAGCGACGAAAGAGGAAAUCACAGCGCCACUCGCGAAGUCGCUCAAGAAGUGCUGAUGAUCAUCGCCGUUCUUCCCGGAAGAAGCGAUCCAGCGAC